UUUUACUAAGUUAUUAUUGUUGUUGCAACGCUAUAAAACUGCUACUAUUACUGUUACCGUUACUAUUGCUACUGUUACCAUUGCUAUCAAACCAUCAUACUACUGUGCUAUUGAUCACUCUGCUGCAGAUAUUUAGUUCUCCAGGUGUAGUUGAAUUGACAACUCAACUGCUAAUACUUGCGAACAUUCUUUGACUCCCCUUGUGUCGAAUCAAUAAAUUUGGAUUGAAUACUCUACCCUUAAAAAUGGUUGCGAUCCCCUAAACUUGUGGGUUAUCAGAUAUUUUAAUGUUGGUUUGGUAAGUGGAACAAAUUUGAAGUGGUAGUGGUUGUUAUGAAGAGUACUAAUUACCCAGUAACUUGCAUGCCUAAGCUUACAAUGCGUGCUUUAUUUGUUUAUAGUAUUGAAUUUCUUAAAUUGGUUUUAUGCAAAACGCGGCCAUGACAGCAUAAUUGUUGUCGCGUGGUUAUAUAUUUUUUAAUUUGCAUGCCUAAGCUUUCAAUGACGGGCGCUUUAAUACACCCGCCACUGCAACAAGAAUAAACAAUGGCGGGCACAUGCAUGUUGCCCACCACUGUAGAGACUCUAUCAGUGGCGGGCGCCGUCCGCCACUGAUGCGAUUAUAAUAGUGGCAGGCGCUCCUGGCAGCCUGACCCGCCACUGCUGGCAUUUUUGCGGCCGCUACUGCUAGCCGUUCCUGUAGUAGCGGCAGGCAAACAAAUAGAUUUUGUUUUCAAGGCCUUAGAGCAUAUCUAGCAGACCCCGCAUCCCGCCGACCCGCAAAACACGUUUGUAGUUCGUGGAAAAACGGCUUUGCGGGCCGACACGGACGGCCGCAGAUGCAGACCCCGCAUAACAAACCCGUAAAAAAUUCUUUCCCGUGUCUUCUUCUUCCUCUCGCCUGUGUUCAUAGUCAGCUCCCAUCGUCCAUGGUAGUCGCCGAAUCGAUCCAAGAGGCAGCUCCUCCGUUGCCGGAUGGAUCCAGGAGCUAGCUAGCUAUUCCAUGGCCGGCUGGAUCGAUGAGCUUGCGAGCUACUCCCUCAACGUUCGUGGCCGGAUGGAUCGAGGACCUUGCUAGCUAGCUAGCUAGCUUGCUCGUUCGUGGCCGGAUGGAUCAGUAGCUUGCUAGCUAGCUCGUUCGUGGCCGGGUAGCGGUAAACGGCGAGUUUCCGGCGAGAUUCCGGCGAGUUCCGUGGCAGCAGCGGUAAACGGCGAGUUUCCGGCGAGUUCCGUGGCGGAAGGUCACCGGAGCACGUGUGCGCACGGCGGAAUUUCCUUGUCGCGUAGCGUUGACUGGUUUGCAGUUCCCCUUAUAUUUUGCCUCCAAAUCUGCAAAAUUAAGGGUCGUGGGGAUGAAUUCCCAGGGGCCUGCAAAAAUUUUACGGGUUUGACCGCUUUUGCGGGUUCUAUUCGGGACAUUUUUUGACACCACGAAACUGCAAACGCGAAUUUUUGCGGAUUUGACCGCUUUUGCGGGAUCUGCUAGAGAUGCUCUUAGGCAUAGGGAUUCUGCCACAACGACCUUGCGUACCUAGCUUGUUUCGUACCUUUGCUUCAAGGAUAAAAACUUUAUAGGUCAACCAUAACGAUUACUCUCCAUCAGGCAUCAGCUACCAGACUCAAAAUGAAGUAAUUUUUUCUUUAGAUAAGGAAGAAUAUUGAUGAACCAAAGAUUAAAAAAAAAAUCCGCGAGAGCUCCAAAAAAGGAUAGCCUCUGCCGUAGAACACAAUUUCGCUCGCCGUACCGGAGAAAAGGAGAAAAGUGAUGCUCAAUUUCUCGAGCACUACAACCAGCCAGUCAUCUAUGAUGCAUGCAAGUAACUCGCAUCGGAUAAGUUCGGACAAGAGAGUAACUUGCAUGCUGAUACUGGAUUUGUUUUGGCCGUAGUGAUCAAAAUGGUUACGAAUACAGAUGAGCUAGCAUUUCUUUAUUCUUUUAUUAUAUGAACUUGAAUUGGUUGUGACCCCUUGUUAGUUGGGCUUUUUUCUUGCGGGUGCUUGUUAGUUGGUUUGUCGUUGACAGAACAAGUCUAAACUCCACAGCACGAUGCGAUGCUAAAAGUCAUGGUGUGCCAUCUAGUAGUUACGAGAAUAGAGCGAACCAACUCGUGGUUGGAUGGUUAGAGGGACUGUGGUAUCCCCAGCUCACCAGGGUUCAAAUCCUGAUGCUCAUAGGGGUAGGAUGUGUGUGCGUGCGUUCAUAGGGGUGAGUGUAUGCGCGUGUAUACGAGCGUUUGCGUCUGUACUGUGUUCAAAAAAAAAAAUUACGAGAGUAGAUAUCUUGUGUAGAAUAUUGUGUCAUGGCCAUGGGGGUCAUACGAAAAGUUUGGGAUAGUCUAAAGGGGACAUUUCUGAUUCCGUUUUGCGCCGCACCCUCUUGUUUCUAUGCCGGGGCCAAUUAAGUGUUUUGCACAUCCAUGCCAUCAUUCCCAGUCUAUCACAUGUGUCUUGUGAUUUUGACAUAUGAUAUAUGUAUAUGAGAGGUACAAUGUAUUUUUCACUUGAAUUACUUACUUAAAGACUUGAUCAACCAUGACCCAACAUAUGGACCCAUCAUGAUCGCAUCUUCAAGUUAUAUUUAAUAUUCUUCUCUUUAAUCAUCCUUUCAAGAUUUGAUCCAUCAUGGCUCAACUCUUUAGCCCAAGCAUGACAACCUCUGAGAUCCUCCAGUGAACUCUAUCUUGAUCAUAGUUGAUUCAAUCUUUGAAUUCAAUCUUAAUGCAUAACUAGAAUAUUGAUGAACCAAAGAGGAGGCAGAAUAUUGAUGAACCAAAGAACGAAAAAUUCUGCGAGGGCUCCAAAAAGGGAUAGCCUCUACCACAGAAAACAAUUUCGCUCCUUGUACCUGAGAAAAGGAGAAAAUUGAUGCACUACAACCAGCCAGCCAUCUAUCAUAAAAGUAUCUAGCUUUGCAUCACCGAACGUGAAUCAAGUCGCGGCCAUAGAAAACACAAGUUCCUCCUUAGAUGUGUAUGUUUUAAAAGGCGUCUUGAUUGUAGAAGACAUAGUGCAUCUUGACCGUGCUAACAAAAUUUGUCUAGUUUGCUCCUGUCUGCUCCCUUCUCACGUUGCCUAACACCCCUCCUACAAUCUUCAAUCCUUGCUAGCCAAGCCAGAAAAAAAUCCAACAAUAGUACCUCUAUUUGUGCCAAAGCUCAUCGAAUCUUGUAAGCGAACUUUUUUUUUCUCCGAGAGCACACAAAUCAUGUGCCUUGGAUUUAUGGAAGACAGGGGGUAAAAUAAAAGAAAUUUAGGCAAGUUCCCACCCUGCCCCGAUGAGAAGCAAACACCACUCCAACUCGAAACACACACAAUACAACUCCAAGGCACCAGGUCAUGUCCUACACCUACCAACAAAGCCGCUUGUCGACAAACGGUGAUCACCUCCAAAGAGCAACAACUCGGAACGACUAUCCUUGUCGAGGCACCAACCAUCCUCGAGUGCCUAAAAAGAGUUGGCAGGUGGAUGUCGUGACUCAGACAGACCCAAGAAAGUCAUCGUCCUGGGCUCACCUGCGACUGUGUACAUAGUGCUCCUGAUGAACAAUCCAGAACAAGGAGCACCAAAGGAAUGCUAAACCCGUGUCUCGACAAACAAUGCUCCCAAAAAAGGAACGAUCGACAAACGACGGUCACCUCCAAAGAGCAACAACUCCAAACGACUAUCCUUGUCGACGCAACAACCAUCCUCGAGGGCCUAAAAGGAGUUGGCAGGUGGAUGUCGUGACCCAGACAGCCCCGAGAAAGUCAUCGUCUUGGACUCACCUAUGACGGUGUACAUAGCGCUGCUGAUGAACAAUCCAGAACAUCGGGGAGCACCAAAGGAAUGCUACAUAGAACCUCCAAGCCGUGUCUCCACAAACAAUGCUCCCAAAAGAGGAAGGACGCUGGCAUUGGCUAUCCGUAAGUGGACCUAAGGUUUUGCCCGGAGACAACCAACCAAGCAACCAAGUAAUAGAGAGCGGGGAGCGGACACACCAUAGCGACACCUUCUAAGGAGGGGAACGACACGUGGAGGCUGGCACUGACCGGUCAGCGUAUUAAUUUGUACUCCCUCCGUUCAUAAAUAUAAGUUCUUUUAGAGAUUCCAUUCCUAUAUAGACUACAUACGGAGAAAAAAUAAGUUUUAAAAAUAUGUCUGUAUACAUCUGAAUGUAGUCCAUGUUAAAAUCUCUAGAAAGACUUAUAUUUAGAAAUAGAGGGAGUAUUAAGCAUGGUUAAACUUCUCAAAUAAUAAGUGCCACACGUGUGGCACGAAGCAUUCAGGCCCUGACAUUUUUUACAAAUAGAAGUUGCCAUCCGAAAAGAAGAAAAAACAAACGUAUGUUACUUUCACUAUGAGUAGUCUCAAACUCAAUGGUCAAACUCAAAGAUGAAUAAAAAAAAAAUUAGGGGAGCACAUCGUUUGUCGAGAAGAGAAGAAGAAGCAUGAAGAGGUGGGCUUAAAGUGGAUGAUGGGCCGGUGGGCGAUAAAAAGAAUGAAUAGCUCGUCCGCUUCAGUGUGGUGAGCGUUGGUGGUGGCGGCGCAGCGCAGCGCAGGGAAAGGAAGCAAGAAGAAGGGCGACGAACCCUAGCUCUGGUCGGACGGAAUCCCCUGUCCUAGCUAGAUCCACAGGUGAAGCUGAUGGCUGCUGUGCUCCGAUCUCCGCGGCGAGGCGGUUGGCCGGCGAGCUGCCGGCGGCUGAGAUGGGGCUCCACCGCCUCCCUCUGCACUCCCAGCUCACCCUUUUGCCCAAUGGAAGCUCGGUUCUGAGUCCUCUUGUGCUGCAGGCCAAUGUUUGGAGCGCCUCAUCUGCUCCUCGCUCUGCCCCCUCUUCUCUGACCAAGGCUAAGGCGGCGAUGGAGAGCGCCAUUCGCCCGUCAUUCAUCCCGCGUCACACAGUGUCCACCUCUUUCGGCCGCGCCGCCUCAAAGCCUCUGUGCAAGACCAAGGCGGUGAUCGAGAGCACCCUUCUACCACAACUCAUCCCGCGCCGCACAAUGUCCUCCUCCUCCGGUCGCGCCGCCUCUCAACCAGCCGACAAGUUUUGCUUUUACCUGAGGGGCGCGAGGAUGACAGCUAUGCAAGAACCAGGCUCAAAGGAACUUAGCAUGAUAAUUUUCGUGAGAAGUGAAGAAGAAUCGUUGAAUGAUUUCUGGUAUUUCAUGAGUGUGGUAAAGAAGAAUGAGGUUCAGCGUGCAAAGGAGAUGGAAUACAGACAUAUGCAGUCCAGAUACGAUAAGGAAUGGGAAAAGGUAGAAAAUCAGCCAUGGUUCCGGAAGUUGGAGAACCUCCAAGAUCACCUUUCAAACAAGGCUUGGGUUUUAAUUCCUGGUGGCUUACUGCUUGCCGGCCUGGGGGAGUCCUCAGACUGGAAGCUGCUAAGAGGCCCACACGCACCACCCCCUGGACCUGGAGAGGAGGCCCCUUUCGAGAAGAAUCCUGUAGAGGACAUGUUAUAAGCCUUGAAACUGUGGGGGGUAUGAAGAGGAUCGGAGGUCAUGACAAGCCUAGUAGGGCUAAGAAACUUGUAAAGUUUAAUUGGUUUCGUAAGAUUUGAUUCUUAGUUUCUUUGCUGUGACAAGGAGGGUACCUAUAUCUCGGUUGUUGCUGAAAUUAACCAAACUUUGAGCCA